UCAUAUAUAUAUAUAAUGAGAAGGUCAGAAAUGAAAUGGAAAUGAGAUUGGUCUACAGUCUUAAUAGCAAAUAGCAACCCACUUGUUUCACUAGUUUGGAGGGAACACAGGUUAGAGCUGAGACUGGGACGAGAUGAGAUGAGAGAGACACAACAGUGAAACGUUGAUUCAACGACCGAGUUACAACGUCGAGUCUGGCUCACUUCUCUUUUCCAUUUCACUGACUUUAUUAGAUUCUCAGCGAGUUCUCUUCUGUUUUUUCUCAUGAUGAGAGGUUCUCUAAUUAAUCGCCGAUUCGUUUUGGUUCUUGCUUUGGCUCUCCUCGUUGUAAUGUUUCUCCUUCUGGCUAUUCUCUCAGGAUAUCCGGGUGUUCGCCGUGGUUUCAUUAGUUCAAGCUUUGAGAGAGGCAGCGACACACUCCAUGGCCCUCAUCGCAAGCUUCUAGAUCGUGCUUCAUUAAUGAAGGAAACAAACAGCAUGAAGGACAAGAGAUGCACUACAGCAGAUAUUGUUAUUAACCAAGGACCUACGGACCCUCUUCCAAAUGGCAUACCAACAUACACUGUUGAGAUCACAAAUGCGUGUGACACUGGCUGUGAUAUCUCUAGAAUUCAUAUCACCUGUGGUUGGUUUAGCUCUGCUCACCUCAUCAAUCCAAAGAUCUUCAAGCGCCUUUCCUAUAAUGACUGUCUUGUUAACGAUGGCAAACCCUUGGUCAAUGGUGACACCCUCUCGUUUCAGUAUGCUAAUACUUUUCGGUACCAUCUAUCAGUUUCAUCGGUGGCUUGCUCUUAAUAAUUACAAUAAGAACCAAAACAUUUAUAUAAAGCUCAUAAAGCAGAACUAGGUUGGUAGCUAAAAUUACUUGAUACUCAUUUAGUUGCCUUUGUCUAUUUUUGAGGUUCUGCUUUUGCUUUAUGUUUUUGUUGGUGCUGGUGUUUCGAUCCUAGCUAUGAGAGGAAGGUGGGUUGAUUUGAUUUUGAGUUUUAUACACUUUAAA